UGAUUCAAGAUCUUCUGAGGUGGCGAACAAUGGGUCUGGUCUCGGACUGUUUCUGUGUUUUGGUGACAUUUUUUAACGCAGUCGCUUAACAUCGAGAGAGUGUUCGUGGAGAAAAGAUCAUUACAGCCAAGGUGAGCGUGCAUUAUCGACAAUUUCAACUUCCCACAUGUGAUUUUGAUCCGAUUUGAACUGGCAUACUUUAAGGUGAAGUCUCGGUUACUUAAAUGAUAGGAUAUCAACUCAAUCGAUUUUGUAUAUACUUGCUUCAUAAGUGCUCCAGUUUUUUUAGCAUUUGCUUGACAGCAUCAAUUCAUGAAACAGUCGUUUAGCGGGAGCUUUACCCAGACGUAUCUUGAAAAGGGUAAUGAAUAGGGCAAAGCAGAUGAAUCAAAACCGAGUUAAAUUGACCUAAAUCAGCCCAAAAAUUCACACGAAGCAAAAGAAAACCACUUGAGCUGGGAAAAUUUUGUCCAUAUUCAAAAAUAGUCACAACUUUUUAGGUUGAGAGCGCGACUGUUUAUUGCAAGAAUAUUCCUAUUCACUCAUGCGCAACGUGAAAAAAUUUGCAUUUUCACAGAUGCUCACUGUGUGAGCUUGGACCUGUGGUUGAACGUGAAGGUAGAAAACACUUUUUUCUUUUAAAGUUAUCUUCUCUAUGCCUGAAAACGAGAUCUCUAACAGUGUUGAUGUGUUUUCAGCUUUUUAAUCGGUUCCUCGGUCUGCUGAUCCAUAGUUUAGGUAACAUCCGCUUCAAGACAAUAGCCACGGUUUAACAAAAAAAUUUGCAUAAAUCUGAACUAAACUUUUUAAGGUCAUCAUGUAUGUAAAAGCUCUAAGGCCUUGAAAGUUCAGUUUUCAAUUCAGUUCAAAGAUUUAUUCUCAUUUAAAGAGCGCCAGAAUACUUUACUUCAUGCAAAACUUUGAUUAGCAGGCGUAAGAAUGAGUGAGAUGUUGUUUAUGACUAUUGCUGUGUUUGAACAUGUCAUUUCAUACACAGCAAUGUCUGGUCCAAACUACCUAAAACACUUUAACUCGCGUUCGUGACAAAGACAGAAUAUCUGCAUACAAUAUGAAAACAAUAUCAAGCAGAAAGUGAUAAGAGUGGAGGAAAAUGUCAACUAUAGGACUGUCAUAUAAGCUGAUCCAAUACCAAAUUCUCUGAACUAACAUCGGAAAAGUUGUAUGGUAAACUGUAACGAGAAUUACCAAUGAGAUCUUCGGGGUGAAGGUUUAAAGUGCAGGAUGGAGUAAAAGUGUUGGGUAACUGGUGUCAAAAUGAGCGUAUGGAAAUGACUUAUAUAGUCAUCAAUGGCAUAUUUUAGACACCUUUUUUACAAGCAACAAUUAAUCCAUCUUCCCCUGUUUCUGUUGUCUUGGAGUCUAUAUACCAACUUUCGAAGGAGAAGACAGUGGUAGCCAGGUAAAUCCAAAGGUUUGAAAGUGCCAAUUUUCAAGCAUAUAUCCCAGAAGUUGUCCAAGAUGCAAAUAUGUUUAAAACGAUACCUACUUACGGAAAAUUGGAAAGAAACAAGGGCUGUGUUUAUUCAUGGUGAUGGAAUAAAAUAGUAAUAUUGCGUCAUUUGAUUUCUUGAUCAGAGUUGUUCUUCAAAAUUUUGUUUUCUAUUAGAACCAUCUGAAAUAAAUGGCUUCCUCCGUAGAAGAAAGACUAGAGAAAAACCUGGAAUGUGGAAUUUGCUUGGAAUCAUUCCAGGAGCCAAAAGUGCUGCCCUGUCAGCACACCUAUUGUAAAAAGUGCCUUGAACGAAUUAUCUUUAGGGCUUCUGGAGGGCGUGUGCAGAAAAUAACGUGUCCUGAGUGCCGAGUAGAAAUGAAGGUGAGAUGUGUUAACAUUUAUUUUCAAAUAUUUUCCUACAAUACUGUCGCUGUUUGGACAAUGAAGGACAAAUUGAAUCGUUAGGUAAAACACCAUUGUAGUGAAUGCACCGGUAGAUUGUCAAAUUUCUGAAAUACGUGAAGAAAUGACUCAAAUAACAGUAGUUUUACAAUGAUAACACACGAGGUAAAUGAAGAUCGAACGAAGAAAGGAAUGCAAGAACGCACCUGACAGUUAGGAUACUUAUAUGAAACGACAGAGACACUCCAGGAAAAAAUCUGACUAUUUUUUUUUUUGGCGCGAUAACUUGCUUAAAGAUGCCAAUAGCCCACAGAGAUUGGAGACUAGGAAACCGCUAAAAGACGUUGGAACAGCCAUUAUGGCCCUUUCUAGUCAGAAUAGCUUGUCCCGGACGUUCAGUUAGAUAAACGAAACGCGAUAGUAGCGGCGGGAUGAAAAACGAGGGAGGUGUAUGCGACCCAAUCCAAACCAAAUUUUUUUUCACUUCUCCUCUCCUAUCGCUCUGUGUGGUAUUUCGCUCCGUUUUACUAACUGGACUCCUGGAACAGGUUAGAGUCAGAAAAGCCAAUUCUAUCACCCACUAAACCUCGCUGCCAAAUUGCGGACUGGAAAAUUUUAAUGAGAAAGCAAUUAUUAUGUUGUUAAAUGAGGCUGAGGGGGGCUUGGGGUAACUUUUCAACAUCAUCAUCGUAAGGGCUAUUGCAAUUGUGCACUUACUGUAAAAAUGAUGUUUACUUUGACACAUAUAUGGUAGAGUAUUUUGGGAGAAAAUUCAGACCUUUAGAAUAACAAUGUUGCAUAUGAGAACAAGAGAUAAUAAACUAAGAGAACUUAUCUCCGUGACCCAUGACAUUUUUUUAAAGUAUAUUUUAAAUUCCGCGUCACGCUUUGAAGUUGUUCGGAUACUCAAGUUUCAAGUUACUUUUUGAAAAUAGCAACCGCUCAUCAUCGAAACAAACCAGAAAUGUUUGCCCUCACCAUUCGAACAUUUACCUCUAUUGAUUUAUAGCCACACAGACGUAUGAAUCAAUCACAUCUUGAUUAGAAUGACUUCCCUCCUCUGAUCUUUAAUUUAAACUGGUUUGGUCGAGAGGAAGUUUUGCACGUGACAUAAUAAGCUUCAAUUAAGAAUCCUGUACAGAUACCAUCAGGUCUGAGAUGCAAUGAUCCAUGCAUACAAUUUAAGGUUGUUCAUUUUUCUUUAAUUUUUUUUCUUCAUUUCUAUCUUUUAGCUUCAACGAGGUGGCGUCGCAAGUCUUCCUUCCAGUUUUCUAAUCAAGAGGCUCUUGGAAGUUAACAGUGAUGCCCAACUUGAUACGUCCGCAAACUGUGAGAAACAUCCAGAAGAACCAGUAGAUCUUUAUUGCGAUUGUAGUGAACCGAUAUGCAGAGCAUGCGCAGUGAUAGAUCAUCGUCUCCACUCGAAUCAACCUUUGAGUAAGGUAUUUGCUCGUGAGAGAAAAAUGAUAGCAACACUUUUGGAAAAAGCAAAACCGCAAAUGUCUGCUCUAAAGGCAGAAAUUUCGUCUAGAGAGGGUAUCGAAGAAGCAUUGCAACAAAACUGUUCAGAUAUUAACGAACAAAUUGAAAACUUCGUCAAUGCUAAAAUUGCUCAAUGGGAGAGUAAAAGGGAAAGUUUGAAGAAAGAUCUGAGAGAAAUGUCCACAUCAAAGGUCGAUAGCCUGAAACGACGAAGGGAAGCACUCCUUUUGCUGGUGAGUAGAGUAGAGAAUGUCAAAGACAUUAUCAAGAAGUGUGGUCGUAGUAGUGAAAAGAAAGUGGAAUUCUUGCGUAAGAAAAGCCAGUUCGCGGAUCACCUAAAAGAAUUAAGUGCAACUUCUCAACAUAUUCAGCCUUGUAAUAAAGUUACCAUUCAGCUUAAAGAAAUCCACCCCCUGAAGAUAUAUCCCAACGGACACGACGUCUCUAAUCAGGCAAAAAUUCGACUUCUUGAGUUUGACAAACAAGGAAAUCGUGUUGGACCAUCCGCUAAUUCAGAUUUUAUUGACUUAUUUAAUAACUGGAUAAUGCUUUCUUAUUUUUUAUUUCUUAUGGGCCUAAUCUUCUUUUUCAAGAAGUCUUGAUUUGGGUAAAUGAAAAUGACCGAGAAAUGCACGAAUUUGCACCAUGAGGAUUCUUUUUUUUACUACUAAACAUGUUUGGACUCCAGAAUCUCAAUUAACGUCGAAGGAGAUAAGAAAUAUGCUACACUUACCGGUGUCAGCGUGUACAUAAAUACGAACAUGCCAACUUACAAAAAAAACCAGAUGCAUCAAGACGUUUCACAGGUAGGAACUGAAACAAAUGUAUUCACCCAUCAAUGUGGAACUUUCACCGAAGCUCAAGCCAUGUUAAACAACAGCAAAAAUCCUACCAUGCGAACUCAUCUUAAGAUGUAAACAUUUCAAAAGCAAGUAACCGAAGACGCCUUUUGGGACUUAGAAAACGUUUCUGUGAUCUUUAUAUGCCACACCAACUUUAGGCGACAAAUUUGAAUAAUGAACCGAGAAAACGCAAACCUGAUGUAAGAAAUCUAAAAACUUAAGUAAAAAGAGUAGAAAAUCGUAACCAUGAAGUAAGAUUUUCCACAAGGUUGUGACGUUAGUCAUCUUAAUAUACCUCUCUAGCCUGAAAGUUUUUUUUUCCCAAUGGAAGUAUCGAGGGAAGUCUUCAUUUGUCUUCUAUGAAUUAUGCGCUCAUAUGCACUUAGUAGGAGGAUAUUUGAAGGAAAGAGUUCUCUAGAGUAUUAAGCUAAAGAGGUCUAUUGGAUAUCGAGCUGUCGAGGCAGAAUUAUCAAUUUAUUACAUUGAUUAUACAGUCACACAAAAUGAACAUGUGAUCAUGCAAGCUCGUGUAAGCGGGGGAGGGAUGGGUAAGGACUCCUCCCCUCUCUUUCAACAUUUUUCAAUGUUUUGAUAGUUUUUAAUCAUAAAUGGAGAGCAGAAGCUUUAUACUAGAACCCGGCCACGAUCAGUGGAAGGAAAAAGUCUUGGGACGUGAAAAUUUUUUCCUUACUAGCUGUAUUGUUGGUUGUUACCUGGAUAAUUUUUGCCCAUCAUCGUAGAAUUAAUUGAACUUCUUAUCCAUUGCAUCACGCAAUUGAUGUAAAUGAAUUGAUUAGUUUACCUAUACAUCCAUGUUUUCUGAUUUUCGUGAAAGUUUUCGUUAUUUUUAUUUCAAUUAUAAAAGCAUGGACUAUCUCCCGAAUUGAACGGUAUGACUACAUUUACGUUUCUGUUCAUCGAACUUCAUAAACCAUGCAAAAGGCAUCUUAAGUAUAUGGUCAAGCUAUGACAUUGCUCUCCGAACGCCCAAGUGUAAGCACAUUCAGGGCAUCGAAAGGAAAUUAGUAUGGGGCUAGAAUGGUGAGAAACUGAACUAGCUUUUUUUAUUCGUUUGUACGCGUUUGAUUUUGGUAAUUUCAUGAUAAGAAAGAAAUAACUCCGCGAUGUAUCAUGGUACUAAUUUUUAUCAGUCUUAUAUGAUGGUUAUGUACUGGCUUUUAUUGUAGCUGGAUUUUCUCCAUGCCAAGAAUGAACUAUAAAGCAGUUCAAUCAGUGAUGGAGAAUAGUGAUGUUAGAGGAUCUUAAACCUUUAACUCACACGAGUGACCAAGACAGAAUUUCUCCUUACAAUAUCAAUACAAUAUCAACCAGAUAAGUGAUGAGAAUAAAGAAAAAUAUCAAUUUGGGGAUAAUUAGUUGAUGCAAUACUAAAUUCUCUGAACUAACGUUAUAAGAAUUGUACGGUUGACAGCAAGGAGAAUUAUAAUAUUAAUCUGGGAAUUAAAGGGUUAAUGGGUUUAACCGAUAGCCAGGAACAGACAAAAAUUGACAAAUUUAAAUCGAUAGUUGUAAAAAAAGUUGACCGCAAAAGUACAACUUUUGAUGACAACAAUGGAAAAAUAUCAACCGUUAGUCGUUAAAAGGCCAAACUUUCGGGGGGUGGGUGGUGUUUUGGGUUAGACCCCAUUUUGAUAACAGGCUGUAAGAGUGACUGGCUUAUAAGUUCUCUUAACUGUAUAUUAUCAUCCUUGAAUCAAAUGUAAAGGUCAUGAAAAUAGAGGAAGUGGUCACCAUUUAAACUACCUUUUGAUCGUGAAAUAAAUUCUUCCUGUCAUACCACAGUAAAUGUGGAGAGAACAGUGUGGAGAAUAUGGAUGCUAAUGUUAAGGCGGAAAGGGAUAAUUCACGGCUGAAUUUCGUGCUCCUUUUAGUUAUGGAAUGGCAAUAUUUUGUUAUAUUUAUUUAUUUUCUUGAACUACUUUAACAGAUCUUUUUCGUUCAAUUUCGUGUCCGUUAAUAUCAUCACUGUAAAAAAGGCGAUUAUCAAUAUCACGGGCAAUUAAGGGAGCAGUCAAUUGAGGUUUGCUCAUUGAAUGAUUGGCAGUUAUAUAUUGUCAUAAUAUUUUCAAUAAUAACAAUUGAAUAAAACGUU